AUGAAUCCACAGGCCCAACAAAGCACCGGCGAAAACAUUCAUGAUCCGAUUCCGACAUCAGUUGUAGACAUACGUCGCUUAAUCUCAGAAGAUAUUGGUCUGGAGCUAUUGAGAGAAUCAGCUGGGUCAGAGUCAUGUUGCAUCGCUAGAAUCCCACAAAGCCUUGCUAGAACCAACCUCAAAGCCUACGAACCAAAGAUUGUCUCCAUUGGUCCUUACCAUCACGGCAAAGAACAUCUCAAUUUGACUCAGCAGCAUAAACGCAGAUUCUUGAAUUUUUUCGUUGCGAAAAUGAAAGAAAACGGAACGGAUCCUCAAGAAUUAGGCAAAGCUGUAUCAAGUUUGGAAGGAGAUAUAAGAGGAUCUUACUCUGAGGAUUUUGGUUUAGAUUCUCAAAAACUGGUUGAGAUGAUGGUUCUUGAUGGUUGCUUUAUCCUCACGUUGUUCUUUGUAGUCUCAGGGAAAGUUGUUUACACUAAUCUUGAUGAUCCCAUUUUCAGAAAACCAUGGAUCUUGCCGUCGAUUCGAGCCGAUCUUCUCCUUUUGGAAAACCAGGUUCCUUACGUUCUUCUUCAAACCCUCUUCGAUACAUCGAAGUUAGUUACUUGCAGUGGCGGUUUAAAAGAGAUCGCGUUUGACUUCUUCGACUACUCCUACUCGUUACAAAAACCAGAGGCGUUUUGGAGAAAACAUUAUAGUCUUGAAGCAAAACAUCUUCUUGAUUUGAUACGCAAGACUUUCGUCCCCGUUCCUUGUCCAAGAAGCAUCAAAGAAUCUAGCAAUGAAACCUCAUUGAAUGAUAAUUGUUUUCUUGGAUUUGUUCUAUCAGCCAAGAAGCUUCAUACUCGAGGGAUUAAAUUCAAACCGAGGAAGAACACAGACUCGAUCUUAGACAUAAAUUUUAGUGACGGCGUGCUUCAUAUUCCUCCGAUAGUCAUGGAUGAUUUUACCGCCACGUUCUUCUUAAACUGUGUUGCAUUUGAGCAGUUAUACGCAGAUUCUUCAAACCACAUAACGAGCUACGUUGCUUUCAUGGCUUGUCUUAUAAACGAAGAGAUCGAUGCAGCGUUCCUCAGCGAGAGAAGGAUUCUUGAGAACUAUUUUGGAACAGAGGACGAAGUUUCAAGGUUUUUCAAAAGCAUUGGCAAAGAUGUUGCCCUGGACUUAGAGAAGAGUUAUCUAGCGAAGGUGUUUGAAGGAGUUAACGAGUAUACUUCUAAAGGGCUUCAUGUCUAUUGCGCAGAGUUUGUUCACACGCAUUUUGAUAGUCCUUGGACGUUUGCAUCGUCGUUUGCAGCGUUGCUGCUUCUUAUGUUUGCGGCUUUGCAAGUUUUCUUUGCAGCUUAUAGUUAUUUCCGCCCUCCAAAUCCUAAAGGAAAGUAA